AUGACUAUGAUGCUCCGACGGACUUGGCAGUGUAAAAACCGAUUAUUACUUAGAGCGCAAUGCCGCCAGUUAUUUAGUGUGAAAGACAGUAAAGACAAAAAUGAGGUGGGUUCCUCGGAAGGUGGUCUGAGUGCCGAGGAAUACACUCAAUUCCGGAAGGACAAACUGUCCCAUAUCCAGAAUUGGUAUCCACAUCGAUUUGAAGUGAGUCAUUCGGUGAAGUCCAUUUUGGACACUUUUGGUCAUUUGAAACCAUCGGAAAGUGAUAUCGAACAAAGGGUGUCGAUUGCAGGACGAAUCUCCAAGAUCCGGAAUGCUGGACGAAGACUUGUGUUCUUGGAUGUUUACCACUUGAAUGCAAAAAUGCAGGUCAAGAUCCAAGAAGACACUUUCCAAGGUGAUAUGAACGAUCAAAUCCGGGUUCUCAGACGUGGGGAUAUUGUCGGGAUAUCCGGGUAUCCGGGCCGAACGCAAGCCGGAGAGUUAUCAGUUUUGGCUCAGAAAGUAGAGCUCUUGGCCCCUUGUUUGCAUCUAAUGCCCAAUGAUAAGGUGGAGUUGGAGAAUGUGGACAAGCGAUUCCGAAGAAGAUAUGUGGAUUUCCUGGGAGAUCGGGGUAAAAUGGAGGUCUUCAAGGUUCGAUCGCAAAUCAUCAAAAGGAUUCGCUCCUUCUUGGAUGAGCGAGAUUUUUUGGAGGUCGAAACGCCGGUGUUAAGCUCCAAAGUGGGCGGGGCAUCGGCCGAGCCUUUCAAAACGCAUCAUAACGAUCUAGGGAUCGACAUGUUCAUGCGGAUCGCUCCUGAAUUGUAUCUGAAACAAUUGGUGAUUGCCGGAUUCGAUCGGGUCUACGAGAUCGGAAAACAGUUCAGGAAUGAGGGCGUCGAUUCCACUCAUAAUCCGGAAUUCACCACUUGCGAAUUUUAUCAGGCCUAUGCGGACUACAAAGACUUGAUGAGUUUGACCGGGACAUUGGUGCGCAAGAUCGUCACUGAGCAUUUCGAUGAAGAACUCAAGGUCCCCUACAUGAUGAAGGGUCGGCCCAUCAUCCUGGAUUUCAAGGCCAAGUUCAAUCGCUACGACUACUUUGGCUCGAUCGAAGCGGCUCUCAACCAAUCCUUGCCUAGUCCUGAGGAGAUCCAUCAAGACCACGAAUCUACUCGGAAGGUUCUCAAGAACCUCUGUCAUCAAAAUGGAAUCGACUCGAGUCGAGCUCGGAGUUCGGCCAACCUUUUGGACAAGCUUUUCGGGCAUUUCGUCGAGCCCGAGUUGGCUCAGCCCACCUUUAUCUUGGACCACCCCCAAGCAUUGUCUCCCCUGGCCAAGCCUCAUCAAUCGAAAGUGGGCGUGGCGGAGAGAUUCGAGUUCUACAUCGCAGGGCAAGAGAUCGCCAAUGCAUACACAGAAUUGAAUGACCCUGAUACGCAAAGGCGCUACUUCCAGAAUCAAAGCCAGGAUGAGGACACUCUGGUGGACGAGGAUUAUGUUCAGGCCCUGGAAUUUGGUCUCCCGCCCACCGGAGGCUGGGGAUUGGGUAUUGAUCGCCUCACGAUGAUCUUAACCAACCAAACACGUAUCAAGGAAGUCAUUUUCUUCCCUACUCUCCGUCCCAUUAAGAAAUAAAUCCCGCCACAACUUUGAAUCUUUCCAAACAA